GCGGGCGGGCGGGACGGCGAACGCGUGCGGCAAUCUCCCGUCUUCCGCCCGACCUUUGGCGGGAGGUGGGCGCGGGAGACUCGGAGGCCCUUCUCGGCCGCUGGCCGCGCAUUGGCGGCCCCUUUCCGCUUCCCUGCGGUUCGGAAUCCAGCCAUGAGGGGACCAGAAAGUGAAGCCCGGAGGCCCUCUGGCUUUCUUGCGGGUGAGGAGGGCGGGUUUCCCCGCCUGCGAAGCGGCGGCACCACCGUGUGGCCAGAGAUUCUCCUUCUCCCGAGGCUUUUCUCUCGCCCGGGAAAGGAACGGAGGAGGCUACAUUCGAGUCCCGCCCGGGUAGGGCGCGGCUCCAUCCAGUAUUUUCUAGAAUUCAUUUUGUACUAUGGCGGAUGAAGUUGACUUCACCACUGGAGAUGCUGGUGCUUCUGCCACUUACCCAAUGCAGUGUUCUGCACUCCGUAAGAAUGGCUUUGUGGUGCUGAAGGGACGUCCCUGCAAGAUUGUGGAAAUGUCAACUUCCAAAACUGGCAAGCAUGGUCAUGCCAAGGUUCAUUUAGUUGGUAUUGAUGUGUUCACUGGCAAAAAGUAUGAAGAUAUAUGCCCUUCCACUCACAAUAUGGAUGUUCCAAAUAUCAAGAGGAAUGAUUAUCAGCUAAUCUGUAUACAGGAUGGCUACCUUUCUUUGCUGACAGAAAGUGGAGAUGUUCGAGAAGAUCUGAAAGUCCCAGAAGGUGAAUUAGGCAAAGAAAUAGAAGGAAAAUACAACGCAGGGGAAGAUUUCCAGGUGUCAGUCAUGUCUGCAAUGAGUGAAGAGUGUGCUGUAGCCAUAAAACCUUGCAAAUAGGACCACCUGGAUUAAACAGUUGCUAAAGUACCAGCAACUGCAAAUCUUGUAUUUUAGUUCUGAUUAUCACCAAAGCUAUAACCUUCACUAGCAACCUCGUGUCUUUGUUUGAAAAUAGUGCUGACUGAUGUUGCAAGCAGUUUGGCAAUAUUAAAAUUGCUGAAGUUCAAGUGCUUACAGGAAUGGCAAGGCAGUCAAAACUGUCAUUUUAGAUCAUGAGGUAUUCAAAAGUAGUAUGCUUUGCUCAAAUGAGACUAUAGCAGUGCCAAUACCAAGGUAGUACUCAGUUUGAGUUUACUUACAUUUUAAAGAAACGAAAGUAAUUUUGUUUUAAAAUCCUAAACAUGAUAAAAUGUGGCUUGCACUGAAUUGUGAAGCAUAACUGAGCUAGAGACAACAGAACUCAUAUGAUCAAAAUGCCAGUGCUGAUGGCUGUGUGCAGCAAACUAGUUUUGCUGGCUUGCUCUUAAUUGGUCACAAUUUGCUGUGAUGUAAACAUCCAGAAUGCUGGAUGCUUUCAUACUCUGGUUAAUAGUGCACAAAUGUUGGAGCAGGGUAGAGAGGAAGAGAUUCACUAGAGGCCUUUGUUUUCAAUGUAGAGUUCAGCCACUUCCAGUUUUAAAACAAGGCAAUGCCUCAAGAGUUACAGUAUUUGAUUUGACUUUUAACUCUUUUUUUGGUUUAUAGCAGAAGUAAACUUUUUUUUAGGAAUUGGAGCAAACCUGCAUGUAUCAAUGGCCUGAAGGCUAAAUUUCAACCCUGUGUCACUGAACAGAAUUUGAGCCAUGGAUUGUCUUGUAGAGUUUAUAAAGAACUAUGAUAGCGCACUCUGUCAAACACAUGAACCUCUGGAUUAUACUAGAACUGAUCUGAUUCAAAGUCUACUUGAGAAGGAUUGGUUAGACUGCGUAGGCAAAUGCCUGAUUACUAAUCAACCUAUUAUCCAUAUGAUCUUUGCUUGCAAGAUCAUGUUUCAGCUUGAUUAGCAUUUGGGGAAAACCUAAUUACUUAAAUUUGCCUUACAUUUUGGUAACAAAUAACUAACUUGAAUUAGUGACUAGAUUCUUAAAACAUGCUUAAUUCAUUGGCAGUUUUUUUGGGGGGGAAUAGUAAAUAGGAUUUUGAGCUUGUUAGUAAAAUUGCCCUUAAGCAGUACAGCUAGAGUAGAAGGAAAAUAAACUGCAUCUGGAUCUUUAUAAGCUCUAGAUUUAACUAAGCAGGUAUCUAUGCAGAAUGGGCACAAUACAACUUAAUUUGGCAAUAAACACUCUUGAAAAAAGCACAGUCUUGUUAUAGUGGUAAAUUACUACAUGUUUCAAGAUCUAGGGCUACUAGGAAGCUGAAGGAUUCUAGUGUAUUGUUAAAAGUUUAAUCAUGUGAGUGUUCCUUAAUACUGUAUUGUCAAUAUCCAUAAUAGGAAUGGAAGUCACAGUUUGAAAUGUGAAUUUCCAUUUGCUAGUAUCAUUUGUGAUGAUCAUUUGUCCAACAGUUAUCUAUUGUGCCUGAGCAGCUGAGAAUACUGAAGUCAUAAUUUUAAGGAGUCCUGCUAGUAUCUCCCUAGUGGUAUCAUCUUUUAGGAAUUUGUUACCAGAAGUACCUACUCCUGAAGGUGGUACUUAGACUUCAAAUUAAUUCCUAGCAGUCUGAAACCACAAAUUACAUAAGGUAGAUCAGGAAGAAAUACAAUAUCUAUUAGGUAGAUCUUAUGUAGGACACCGGUAAAACUACAGUAUUUCCAAUAAGCUAAUAGCAAAGCCAUUUCUCUUGUAGAUGUUAAUUGUCUACAAACCCACUAAGUUUACAAUAAACUUUGCUAUUGAAACAAUGCUAUAUAUUUCAGGUUCUUUAAGCUAUUUCAGGGCCAUCAUGUUCUAUGAAUCCAUGUUUAGAUUGUUUUUACUUUUCAGCUGAAACCAAUCACAUUUAAUUUUCAAGAGCAGGGUCAAAAUCUUAUAAGCUGAGGGCCAAAAUUAAGUCUGAAAUAGUCCUGUUGUCAGUUUGUUGUGAUCUAAGCUAUUUGCUUGGGGUCCAUUAUCUUUUGUUCAUUGGACUGCAGAUUUUUUUUUCCUUAGAUGUUAGGGAUUCUUUUGUUAAAACCCCAAUUUACCUCUUGAUGUCUUUGUUGUCUUGCAUCUGUGCAUCUGUGUGCAACGAAACCACUGCUAGUUGAGCCAUGACUUGAGUGUAUUCUUCUCAGGGCUGCUCUUGUGAAGAUGUGAAAGAGCUUAAGUUGAUUAUUUUAACAAAGCUGCUUAAAAGUUGUAACAGGGUUUUGUAUUGCAUAAAUUUAUAGCAUGCCUAGGACACAAGUAAAAUUUAGUAUAUUGAAUUAAAGGAGUCAGACAUUGUGAUCCAUCUACCCUGUAAGAGGUGACAUGUUUGACAACAGUAAGCUUUAAAUGUUGGAAUGCUGACUAUGUCUGGGAAUUUUAACGGAAUAAGCUGUGUUAAAUUUUUGUGUGUAUGUAAAGAGCAAGAUUCUUGUUUGUUACUAUCAAAAAUUUUCACAGUAUAAUUAGAGACAUUGAUCUUUGUGGUGUUUAGAUAGAUUGUGGUACUGUACUUGUAGAAUUCUGGGCUUUCACAUUCAGUGACUGUUACAUUAAAAAAGUCAUAUUGUUUUAAAUUAAAUGUGGGGGGGGAGGUUUUGUAUUUGCCACAAUAGGAAACUCCCAUAAGUAUGCAAUUAUACCUACUGGCAAGUAAUGUAUGCAAAGUUCAUUAUAUAAGAGUGCCCUUGACUUUAAAAGCAAAACUUGAAAGGUUUGUACUUUUUCUGCAUUUCUGUAAUAGUGAAGUAUUCAUAUGUUUAAGAGUUCUUGGCUUUUAAUGACUUGUUUUAACAAAAUGUUUGAAUUAUUUGAGUCACAGUAACAAAAAAUAAAGUUUAAACUUAAAGGCUA